AGUACAGAGGGAGACAGAGAGAAUAGAAAUGUGAAUGUGAGCUGGGGAAUGGGGAGAGCAUGAGAAAAUUUAAAAUUGGGCCGUUAUUUUACAUGUUGAAUUGUUUAAUGACGAAUUUUCAAACAUGGCAACUGUUUGAGGCUUACGUGCAUCAUCACCUAAAGUCAUGUAAACCUUUAAAAAAAACUAGUGGCAUUGAGUACAAGGUUUACGCUGCUUUGCUUGAGUCUCUCUCUGUCUCUGUCUCUGUCUCUCUCUCUCUUUGUUGUAUAAAACCCAGUUGCAUAUUUAUAAGCUGCUAAUUUAAUUUUGAGCUAAAAUGGUACACAACCAAGUAGAUACAUCAAGAAUCCAAGAUAUGGAUUCAGGAGAAAAGCGCCUUAAUGAGCUUGGUUACAAGCAAGAACUCAGAAGAGAGAUGACUCUGUUCAAAACUCUUGCAAUAUCAUUCUCCACGAUGACACUUUUCACUGGAAUUACUCCCUUGUAUGGUUCAAGCCUUGCGUAUGCAGGUCCUGCAAGCCUUGUGUGGGGAUGGGUGGUGGUAUCAUUUUUCACCUGGUUUGUAGGAAUUGCCAUGGCAGAGAUCUGCUCCUCUUUCCCGACUACAGGUUCUCUUUACUUCUGGGCUGCCCAUUUAGCUGGCCCCAAAUGGGGUCCAUUGGCAUCAUGGUGCUGUGCUUGGCUUGAGAGCAUAGGGCUCAUUGCCGGCAUCGGUACUCAGGCAUAUGCAGGAUCACAAACACUGCAAAGUAUCAUUUUAUUGUGCACUGGAACAAAUAAGGAUGGAGGCUAUCUUGCACCAAAAUGGUUGUUCUUAUGCAUGUACAUUGGCCUCACUCUUAUAUGGGCAUUUCUCAACACAUUUGCACUAGAAGUAAUUGCGUUUAUUGACAUAAUAUCAAUAUGGUGGCAGGUCAUUGGGGGGACGGUUAUUGUGAUAAUGCUUCCCCUUGUAGCACUGACUACACAGUCUGCAUCAUAUGUGUUCACAAAUUUCAACGUGGCCCCUGAGAGAACUGGGAUAUCAAGCAAGCCUUAUGCAGUGAUUCUAUCAUUUCUUGUUAGUCAGUAUUCAUUAUAUGGAUAUGAUGCUGCAGCGCAUCUGACAGAAGAAACCAAAGGUGCAGACAAGAAUGGUCCUAUUGCUAUUCUAUCUAGCAUUGGUAUCAUAUCAGUGUUUGGGUGGGCAUACAUCUUGGCCCUUACUUUCAGCAUUCAGGAUUUUAGCUACCUAUAUGAUCCGACCAAUGAGACUGCUGGAACGUUUGUGCCAGCUCAAAUACUCUAUGAUGCUUUUCAUGGGAGGUACAAUAGUUCGGCUGGAGCAAUCAUUUUACUGUUCAUCAUUUGGGGUUCAUUCUUCUUUGGCGGGCUUUCAAUUACUACUAGUGCUGCCAGAGUGGUAUAUGCUCUAUCAAGAGACAAAGGGAUUCCAUUUUCAUCCGUAUGGCAAAAAUUGCACCCAAAACACAAAGUUCCUUCCAAUGCAGUUUGGCUCUGUGCAGCCAUCAGCAUUCUCCUUGGACUUCCAAUACUGAAAGUUAAUGUAGUCUUCACUGCAAUAACUUCCAUAUGCACAAUUGGAUGGGUAGGAGGAUAUGCAGUUCCAAUCUUUGCAAGAAUGGUAAUGGCCGAGAAGAACUUCAAACCUGGGCCAUUUUAUUUGGGGAAAGCAAGAAGGCCAAUUUGCUUUGUUGCCUUCCUGUGGAUUUGUUAUACCUGUUCAGUCUUCCUCCUCCCCACUUACUACCCAAUUAGUUGGGAUACAUUCAAUUAUGCACCUGUUGCUUUGAGUGUAGGUUUGGGUCUGAUAAUGCUUUGGUGGGUGUUGGAUGCAAGGAAAUGGUUCACAGGACCUGUUAGAAACAUUGAUACUGAUAAUGGAAAGGUAUAAACUUAUUCACAAGUUUGAAGUAGUAGGUUCAAAGCUUCCCUUCUAUGCGGCUUCUAGCA